ACUGCAGUCACAGACGGCUCUGCUCAAAAUCACAAAAUGUUUUAUAAAACAAUGAUUCAAAUGUGCAUGUUUGUAUGAAAAUGCAUCAUAGACAUUGUUGUCUAUAAUCAACGCUGUUAUUUUUAUUCGGAUAACAGGGAAGUGUGAAAUGUAAACAGUGGCGAAUGGUAACGCGCCCUAACGGCGCCAAUGUUUGAAUACUCCAGCUUGCCGUCUUGUUUUGUGUUGUGUAGCCUUGCAGUGGCAUUUUUUUUAUCUAAAUCACUGUUGCGAGUUCUGCUCAUUACGGUGAGGUCAUGGGUGUCCAGGAUUUGUGGCCGAUCUUAGAACCGGUUCGUGAGUCGGUGCCACUUUACAGCUUAAGCGGAAAAACACUGGCUGUGGAUCUUAGUUUAUGGGUUUGCGAAGCCCAACAUGUUCAAGCCAUGAUGGGCAGAGUAACCAAACCUCACCUCAGGAAUCUAUUCUUCCGCGUCUCUUCUCUCACACUUAUGGGAAUUAAGCCCGUCUUUGUCAUGGAAGGAGAAGCUCCCAAAAUAAAAGCAGAAACCAUGAGCAAAAGGACAGAAACAAGAUUUGGGGGAUUCAAAAAGAAGUUUGAGUCUAAGGUUGCUUCAAAUACCACCAGGGGGCGCUUCAACGCAGUACUAAGAGAGUGUGCAGAGAUGUUGGACUACAUGGGUGUCCCGUGGGUGAAAGCGGCUGGGGAAGCUGAGGCCAUGUGUGCUUACCUGGAUUCUCAGGGCCUGGUGGACGGCUGCAUCACCAAUGAUGGAGACGCCUUUCUGUAUGGAGCACAAACUGUUUACAAUAACUUCAAUAUGAGCAGUAAAGACCCCCAGGUGGAUUGUUACCAGACCUGCCGUAUUGAAACAGAGUUACAGCUGUGCAGAGAGAACCUGGUUGGUCUGGCUAUUCUACUUGGCUGUGAUUAUAUCCCUAAGGGUGUGUUGGGUGUUGGCAAAGAACAUGCACUUAAAUAUAUCCAGUCCCUGAAAGGCCAAACUCUACUGCAGAAAAUCAGCCAGUGGAAGAAGAAUGAGGCCGAAGUGUUUGAGAGCGUGUCAAAAAAAGUUUCUCACUGUCGCGUGUGUCGACAUCCUGGUUCAGCAAAGGCACACGAGCGAAGUGGCUGCGUCUUCUGUGACAGUAAACAUUUCUGUGAACCUCAGGAUUUUGAUUAUGAGUGUCCGUGUGACUGGCACCGCCAAGAGCAGACCCGGCAGGCUUUAUCUUUGGAGACAAACAUCAGGAAGAAAACACUUGCAAGUCCUCAGUUUCCAUUCAGAGAGAUUAUUAAUGAGUUCUUGACAUCCAAAGAUAAACCUGUGUCAGAUUUCAAGAGGAGGCAGCCAAACAUGCUGCUCAUGCAGAAAUUUGCCUACGACAAGAUGGAGUGGCCGAGACAUUACACUAGUGAAAAGGUUUUAGUCCUGAUUACCUACACAGAGCUGAAAAACAGGAAACAUGGAAAAGAGUCAACCUCACAAAUCAGACCAAUCAGGUAAUACUACAGGUUUCAGAUGAUUUGUUUUGUUUCCUGCUUCGAAGUCAUCUGGAGUAAACCAGAACAUUACGUGUUUCCUGAGGAUCAUCCUGCAGAGGAUCAACAUGAGGUGCGGACCGUGGAGGAAGAGACCCUCUUUAGUGUGGCCUUCCCAGAAGUGGUGGAGCACUACCUGCGAGAAAAAGCUCUAGCUGAAGAAAACAAGUUAAAAAAAAAGAAACCCAAGCGCAAGAAAGAGCAGCCGACCGAUGUGUGUGAUGGCAUCACUGACCUGCUGGCUCAGAUGAAUCUACAGACUUUGCCAAACGCAACAGUUCAAAAACAAAUGUCACCCCCAGCAGAUUCAUGCACAGAAAAAACAGAGGUGCUGUUUGUGGACACACCAGUGAACCACAGACAGCGAAUAAACUCCAACGCAGACCGGGGCGGUCUGGACGAUCUUCCCACCACUCCUCUGUUUAAUCCAGACUCAGAAACCACAACCUCACCAUCUGUCUCUGCUGUCAUUGAAGCUCUACAUCUGAGCGAUAUUGACUGGAAUGCCAUGUCCUUCACAUCCUCCCCAGCGCCACAAGUGUCUAAAAAUGACAACUCAGAGUCCAGGCCUCAGUUGUCCAAUGACCAUUACGUCACACAAACAAAGUGUGAAGACACUGAGUUGGACGUCAGGCCUGCAAACACCAGACCUGCUGCAGAGCAGUCUUUAACAGAGUCCUCUCUAAGGGACAGAGUGCUCAUGAAAAAUGCAGCCAAAUCUAUAAACCAGCACACACACAGUGGUGUGGUUCCAAUGGAAGGAAGAUGUGAGUUAGACUCUCUGGAGGAACAUUCUCUAUGCAAUUAUACUUCACAACCAAGUUCACUGAAGUUCACCAGGAGUGGAUCUGACGUUAAAGCGACAGGAAAAGAUUCAGGAAUAAACAGUGAUAAAAGCCAGUGUUUCCUGAUGAAGUCAGACACACAGGCAAAAAAUCAACAGGUCAAUGGCAUGCCCUCAAAAAAGCCUCCUCAGAAAUAUAAAUUUGUCAAAACAACUUCAGCGUCAUCAUCAUCGUCUUCAUCUGCCCUGAAGCAAAGGUGCAAUUCCUGCCCUUGUCCAGGUGACAAAUACAGGAAAAUGCCACAGACCAGCAAGAAGAGUGUGUGUCUGAGUGUGUGUUCGUCCAGCGAGGACAGUGAUGGAGAGAACCAGCAGGUUGCGCUACAGAGAAAGAACAAAAUUAAGCCAUUUAAGAAGUUCACUACAGAUAUGUCCUUAAAAUCAGCAUCCAGGUCUAAUCCAAGAGAACACACAGUGGAAUCAAACGAGUGUCAUCAACCGUUCAGAUUCAAAUCUCACAGACCCAGUGUUGACGUUAACACGACACCCGUGUCAACUAAAAGCAGAGGAGGGGAGGAUGUCACAACUGUUGUUGUGGACUGUGACAGUGUUUUCUCUCCAGCUUCAUCCCUCACUGUAUUAGACAGUGAUGACUCAGUGGUGGGCAGUGACAGUCCACUGCCUCUGGCAGAGAGACUAAGGCUAAAAUUCAUAAAGUGAUCGUCCUGGUCACAGACAGUCAAGAUGGACUUGAACUUUUAAGACUGUAAUUUGAAGUAUCAUUGUAAUAAAAUUUCCCUGGAUAUGGAUAAGAUCUGUGGAUAUGGGUAUUUGUGCCAAGAAAAUAAUGUUUCAUUUACUUAUACUAUUUUUUAACCUAUUGUAACUACAUUUUAGUUAUCAUGGAUGAAACUUUUGUUCAUUUUUUGCCGUUUAUUUUUUGGUUGACAUUUUUUGGUCAUUUUAUUUUCUUUCUAUAUUUCAGCAUUUUUGGGCUAAAGGUUCUCACAUUUUCCAGUCAGUAUAACAAUAGCAAUAAUUGUAAAUCUUCACAACUUCAUGUAAAACUAUUAAAGCACUGAAAGUUUUACAGAACCAUUUGCUGUGCACUAAAUUAAAUUUGGUUUGAAGGCA